GAUUGGGGAAAUGUUAGAGAAUUCAUUUGGUAAAGUAAAUAGCUACAAAGACCACUUUGGAAAGUCAAUGCCAACUGCCAUGGAAUGUGAAGUACAUGAAACAAUUGCAGAUAUUUCUGAAGAAGAUAGUUUCUCAUUAUGUUCUAAGUAUAGAAAAGAAAAUCCACAAAAGAUAAGAAUGGACAAGAUUAGGAAAAAAAUUUUUCGUGAAACAGGAACUGAUGAAUUCAGUGAAGAAGCUAAUAAACAAGUUAAAGAAAAUAAACAUUCAUUUGCAUCUGAAAUGGAACCGAAUGAUAGUGAUCCUUUAAGAAAUCAGAAGAAAAUUGCUGAGGAAGUUAUGCCAUCUUCAGACUGUGAAUGGUCUCAACUAACCCUCUCAGGUUUGACUGGAACCCAGAUAGAAAAAAUACCUCUACUACGUAUUUCUUCUUGUGACCAAAAUUAUUCUGAAAAGGACUUAGUAGACACUGAAAAAGAAUGUACCAACUCUAUUACUUUAGAAAAUUCUUUGCCACAUAUUUCUAGCCUGCCAAAGUCAGGAAAGACGUCAAAUGAGGAAACACUGGUAGAUGAGGGAGAUGAAGGGCAGCAUCAUGAAUCUAAUGAAGACUCCGUUCUUGCACUGGAGCAGACAAUAUCUGGAACUUCUCAAGUAGCGUCUUCAUUUCACAGUAUCAAAAAGUUUCUAUUCAGGAUGAGGGAACCAUCUGAAACUUCUGGUACAGUUUCCUUAGAUCAUGUGACUGAUCCAAACUUGAAAGAAGAAACUGAAGCCUCUGAAAGUGGAUUGGAAGUAUAUGCUGUUUCCUCACAGAAAGAGGAUUCUUUAUGCCCUACUUCAGCUGAUAAUGGAAGCUGGCCAGCCACUAUCAAACAUACUUCCGUAACUUCGAAGAAUACAGGUUUAAUAUCCACUUUGAAAAAGAGAAGAAAAAAGUUUAUUUAUGCUAUAAAUGAUGAAACAUCUUCUCAAGGAAGAAAAAUACAGAAAGACCAAAAAUCAGAACCAACUAACCAUUCAGCCCACUUUGAAACAAAUGCUUUUGAAGCACCACUUACAUUUAUAAAUGCAGAUUCAGGUUUAUUGCAUUCUUCUGUCAAAAGAAACUGUUUACAAAAUGAUGCUGAAGAACCAACUUUGUCCAUAACCAACUCUUUUGGGACCAUUCUGAGGAAAUGUUCCAAUAGUGAAAGUAGUUAUGCUAAUGUAAUAAUACCUCAGGAUUUUAAUUAUGAAGAUGCAAAAAUUAAUAAAGAAAAACUACAAUCACUUAUAACCGUAAAAACUGAUUUUCUGUCAUGCCUACAGGAAAGACAAUAUGAAGAUCCAAAAAGCCCACAAGUCUCAGAUGUAAAAGAAAAGAUCUUGGUUGCAUCAUGUUGCUCUGAAGCACAACAUUUAAAAGUGGAGCAUAGCAGUGUUCAUUCUGAAUCACAAAAAAUCUUUUUAGAUGAUCAUGAUAAUACCAGGAUUCUUAUGUUAUCUCCUAGCUCCAAAUAUCCUCCGUCAAAUUCAGCUGUGAUUUGUAGAGGAAAAGAAUCAUAUAAAAUGUCAAAGAAAUUAAAAUUUAAGAAUGGCAAAGCUGGUGUUAAAUUAACCAAAAACAUUCCCUUGGAAAAAAUUCAAGAAGUAUGUGUUUUAAAUGAGAAUUCUAAAAAAACUGAGCUUUUGCCACCUGAAAAACACAUAACAGCAGCAUCACCGUCAAUGAAGUUGCAGUUCAUCCAAAAUUCAAAUCCAAUAGCAAUCCAAAAAGACCAAGAAGUAACUACUCUAAUUUCAAAAAUAGCUGAAGAACUUUUUCCAGACAAUGAGAAUCAUUUUGUGUUUCAAACAACUAAAGAAAGGAAUAAUCCCGUUUUAGGAAAUACUAAGGAAUCUCAUGAAGCAGGCCUCAGUUGUGUAGAAGCUACCAUGGCACUAGAUACACACGAUGAACAAGAAGCUCAACUGUUGAUUACAGAAGAUUUUGACUCAUCAGAUGUAGUCCACGAUCUUAUAAAAGAGAACAGAAAUAGUGUAAAGCAGAAUCUAAAAUUAACUACAAGUCAGGAUUUAAACGCGGAUACCUCUUUGGAUGCGAAGUCAAACAGAAAUAAUGAUUAUGCAAACAAAUGGUCAGUGCUUUUAGAUACAGUUUCAAAUUGCAGUUUUGGAGGUAGCUUCAGAACAGCUUCCAAUAAAGAAAUAAAACUCUCUGAACAUAAUAUUAAGAAAAGCAAAAUGCUCUUCAAAGAUAUUGAAGAACAAUAUCCUAUUAAUUUAGCUUGUUUUGAAAUUAUAAAUACCUCAUCGUUAGAUAAUCCAAAGAAACUCAGCAAACUUGAUUCGCAGUCAGUUAAUACUGUAUCUCCAUGUGUGCACAAUAGCACAUUUAUUUCUGAUCAUGAAAAUUACAGAACCCCUCAGAUGUCAUCUUUAAAGCAGAAUUUUAAUUCAAGCCAUAAUUUAACACCUAGCCAAAAGGCCGAAAUUACAGAACUUUCUACUAUAUUAGAAGAGUCAGGAAGUCAGUUUGAAUUUACACAGUUUAGAAAGCCAAGCCAGAUCAUACAGAAAAAUACAUUUGAAGUGCCUGGAAACCAGAAAGUUAUCUUAAAUACCACUUCUGAAAAAUGGAAAGACAUUAAUCUUCACCUCACAAGAAGUGAUGCCUCAUCUAUAGGUCAGGUAGGUAGCAGAGAGAAAUUUGAAGAUGCAGUUGGAGUUAAACAAAAGUUUGCUUGCUUGUUCAAAAAGAAGUGUAACAAAACUACAUCUGAAAAUGAAGUGGAGUUUGCAGGCUUUUAUUCUGCUCUUGGCACAAAACUGAAUGUUUCUACUGAAGCUCUGCAAAAAGCUGUGAAACUGUUCAGGGACAUUGAGAAUAUUAGUGAGGAGACUUAUGCAGAAGUAGAUACAAGAAGUUUUUCUUCAAGUAAAUGUCAUUCUGUUUCAAUGCAUAAGAUAAAAUAUCAAAACACUAGUAAAAAUUUAAAUGAGAAAAAUAAUGAAUGCCAACUAAUAUUACAAAAUAAUAUUGAAAUUACUUCUGGUUGUUUUGGUGAAGAAAAUCCUGAAAAGUACAUGGAAAAUACAGAAAGUGAAGAUAAGAAAUGUCCUGAUGUCAGAAGAGAGAUUUGUAUAUCAGAAGAAUCUGAUAGCAGUGAUUCAAGUAAAAAUGAUACAGUUUAUAACAAUGAAAGUUACUUGUCAUAUACUGAUAUGCAUAAUAUGUAUCUUAAAUCAUCUAGCCAGUUUAUAAAGCAGAGAAGCACACAACUUAAAGAAAGUUUGUCAGAUUUAACUUGUUUGGAAGUUGUGAAAGAUGAAGAAACAUGUCAUAUUGAUUCUUCCAAUAAAGAACAGUUAACUAUAGGUGAAAUGGAGCAAAACAUUAAAAAUUUUGGUACAUUCUUUCAGACUGCAAGUGGAAAAAAUAAUAGUGUCUCCAUUGAGUCAUUUAGUAAAGUUAUAAAUUUCUUUGAUAAAAAACCGGAAGAGCCAAGUGACUUUUCAGAUUCCAUUAAUUCUAAAUUACUAUCUGGUGUAAUAAAGAACAAAAUAGACUUUUCAAGUCAUGAGCAAACAGACUUGGUUAAAAACAAAAUAUUGGAAGAACAUAUCCCAAUUGGUAUUGAAAAUCAAUUACUGACUAUCCAGCAACAACCCAAAUGUGAAAUAAGAAAGAGUAAAGAAACUACUCUAUUGAGUUUUCAUACAGCUAGUGGGAAGAAAGUAAAAAUUGCCAAGGAAUCUUUGGACAAAGUGAAAAAUCUUUUUGUUGAGAAAGAACAUGUUAGUAAAAUCACCAACUUUAGUUUUCAAGGGACAAAGACCCUAAAGGACAGAGAGGACUAUAGAGAAGGUCUUGAAUUACUGUGUGAGAGAAUUGAAAUAACUGUCCCAAAGUAUAAAGAAAUGAAAAACUCAGAUGAUAAUGAGAAAAAUUUUGUUUAUAGGGAUACUGAGGUGCAACCCAGGUUAAGUGAUAAUUUAUAUAGACAAACUGAAAAUCUCAAAACAUCAAACAGUAUCUUGAAGUUUAAAGUACAUGAAAAUUUAGAGAAAGAAAUAGCAAAAAGUUCUACAGCUUGUUGCAUAAAUCAGUCCCCUUAUUCAGCCAUUGGAGAUUCAGCUUUAGGAUUUUACACAGGACAUGGUAGAAAAAUUUCUGUGAGUCAGGCUUCAUUUGCUAAAGCAAAACAAUUGUUUACAGAAGAAUUAGAUAAUAAACCAGAGAACAAUACCACCAAGGUUGUUUGUAUAAAGGAAUAUCCUGAGGAUUGUGUACAAAAUCUUUCAUAUGAAAAUAGUUCAAAUAGUAUCAUAACUGAAAAUGACAAAACUCAUCUUUCUGAAAAGCAAAAUUCGACUUAUUUAAGUAACCAUAACAUGUGUAACAGCUACUCAUACCAUUUUGAUUUUUGUCAUUCCAAUGAUGUAUAUGAUGAUUCAGGGUAUUUCUCAAAAAAUAAAAUUGAUUCUGGCAUUGAGGCAGUCAUGGAGAAGGUCGAUGACAAAAACACUAGUAUUUCUGAAGUAUCUACUGUGAGAGAAGCAAGUACAUACCCACAAACUGUAAAUGAAGAUAUUUGUGUUCAGAAACUUGUGACUAACUCUUCAUUACACAAAAAUACAGCCAUUGACUUGGGCAUACCUGAUUCAAAUAAUUUUGAGAUAGGGUCACCUGCAUUCAGUAUAACCAGAUAUUCACAUGAAACAAAAAAAGUGGAAGAGACAUUGACAGGCAACUGCAAUAAGGUAAUCAAGCAAAGUGCUAAGAGUAAAUCAGGUACUUGUCAGACAAUUGUGGCAGGUGAAGUAUUGGAUAAUUCAGAGGAUAUUGAUAUCCCUAACUCUGAUGAUGAAGAAUGUACAGAUUCACAUAAGGUUCUUGCUGACAUUCAAAGUAAACAAAUUUUGCAGCAUAACCAAAGUACAUCUGGACGGGAGAAAGAUUCUGAAAUACCACUUUGUCAUGUUGGUUUGAAAACAUCUGAUAAACGUAAAUUUAAUAUAGGGGACUUUCCCCAGUCAAUCUCAUCUACAAAUGCUUAUGGGAUUUUUAGCACAGCAAGUGGAAAAUCUGUCCAAGUAUCAGAUGCUUCAUUACGAAAGGCAAGACAGGUGUUUUCUGAGAUAGAAGAUAGUGCUAAGCAGCGCUCUUCCGCAGUAUCACUUAAUAAUGAGCAUUCCAAGCAGUUCACAAGAGAAGAAAAUACUAUGGUGCAUACCCCUCAGAAUGUACUGUCACCCCAAAAAACCUUUUCAUAUAAUGUAAAUUCAUCUGCUUUCUUUGGAUUUAAUACAGCAAGUGGAAAACAGGUUACAAUUUCAGAAAGUGCCUUACACAAAGUUAAGGGAAUGUUUGAGGAAUUUGACUCAAUCAAAGCUGGACAUACUCAUCAGCAUUCACCUACAUCCAGACAAGAUGUAUCAAAAAUACUUACUUGUGGUGAUGAGAAAGCUCCAGAACGCUCUGUAAACUCUAAAAUCCAAAAGGUGUACAAUCAUGAAUUUAAAUUGUCAGCUAACUCUAGUAUUGAAAGUGGUUCUUCAGAAGAUAAUCACUCUAAAAUUUCUCCAUGUCUGUCUCAGUUUAAGCAAGACCAACAGUUGACACUAGGAAACAAAGUGUCACUUGUUGAGAACACUGCUGUUUUGGGAAAAGAACAAGCUUUACCUAAAAACAUGAAAAUUGGUAAAACUGAAACUUUUUCUCAUGUUCCUAUGAAAACAAAUGCAGAAGUAUGUUCUGCUUACUCCAGAGAUCCAGAAAACUGUUUUGAAAUAGAAGCAGUGGAGAUUGCCAAAGCUUUUAUGGAAGAUGGCGAGCUGACAGAUCCUGAACAACCAACUCAUGCCAAACACUCAUUGUUUGCAUACCCAAAAAAUGAGGAAAUGGUUUUGCUAAAUUCAAGAAAUAGGAAAAAAAGAGGAGUUGCCCUUGAUUCAAUUGGAGAACCACCAAUCAAAAGGAGCUUGUUAAAUGAAUUUGACAAAAUAAUAGAAAAUAAAGAAAAAUCCUUAAAGGCUUCAAAAAGCACUCCAGAUGGCAUAAUAAAAGAUAGAAGAUUGUUCAUGCAUCAUGUUUCUUUAGAGCCAGUUACCUGUGGACCCUUUAGGUAA